AUGGAUAUUUAAACUAUUGUGUGUUUGACUUUGUUAUAUUCAUGUUUAUCUUCAACAAAUCCCGUAUUGUGAACCACUAGUUCACUAAAACAGGAAGUUGGUGGUAUUGUUUCUAAUCUAACACACACACACACACACAUGAGAUGUUGAAAUCUGGAGUUUUCCAGCUGUCUUGAACGCAUCGUGACGCAGUACGCGUAGUACCAAUAUGACAAGUUAUGAUUGAAUGAACUGUUGGACGUCAGUGGACACGAACCAUGAAGCCAGUGGCAGACACUGAAUUGAUGCUUUUUCAAACCGCUAAUAGAUUUAGAAUCUGUUUGUUUGGAUGUUUUUCCGGCUUUGCUCCGCCUGGACGUCUCGUCCUGCUGGUCGCCGUCCUGUCCUGCUGCUCCGAUGGAGUUAAAGGAGAAGCCUCGGAUGAUAGACCAGUGAAGAUCCGGACCUAUGCUGGCGAAACGGUCAUUCUGCCCUGCCACAUCAGUGUCCGUGACGACCAUGACGUCCCAUCAUCAGUAGAGUGGUCCAAGGAAGGUCUGAAUCCGAACAUCGCCUUCCUGUAUCGGGAUGGCUGCGAGACCUUCCAUGAGAAGAACCCGGUCUUCCGUUACAGGACGAAUCUCAUUAUGAACAAACUGAAGAACGGAAACAUCUCGCUGAGGCUUUCCAACGUUUCGCUGUCUGAUGCAGGAAAAUACGUAUGCAAGAUGAUCCAGAAGCCGCCUAGGGUGGUCGCUACAGUAGAGCUCUUUGUGGGUGCCGUCUCCGAGCCAAAACUCUCAGUUGUUCCAGCUGUAGAUGGAGGAGUGACUCUGCAGUGUGAAGCGGACUGCUGGUUCCCGCAGCCUGAGAUUACCUUUCUAGAUGCUCAGAGAAACAAUAUCAGUGCUGGAGACACAAAGACUGAUGAAGAUUCCAGCAGGGGAUGUUUCACCGCCACCAAGAGACUGACUGUGCAGACUGCCAACAGGGUCACUUGCAUAGUUCACCAGCCUAAGAUAAACCAGACGAGGGUCACAGGGAUUCACAUACCAGAUGACUGCAUGAGAUCCUGCACUCUAUCCAUCAGCAUCGCUGUUAUAGUAAGCAUAGCCUGCAUUUGUGCAGGCUUAUGCCUAUGCAAGAAAUAUGGCACCUCUGUGGGCAGACAUAAAUUCCUUUUACCGCAGUCAUCUCUGCAAAGUUCAACACGGAGCAAUGCUGAAGGUCACAACCUGAGAAACCAGACUGAAGAGGCCACAGCUGAGCUUCGGGGAGAAAUUGCUGAACUGAAGUCGAACCUUCUUCACAAAGAAGAAAUCAUCCACCGACUAACUGAAGAAGUGAAUGACCUCAGAUCCAAGCAGAGUCCCGUUGUGUGCCAGCAUGACCAGCAUGGCCAGCAGCCUACGAUUGACAACAAUGCCUCCAAAUCUUCACCAGAUGUCUCAAAGUCCAUUAACCUACCCCCAGAAGACUUUCCCCACGACAACAAUCCAAAACCAGCGGCCUCAACCAACAGUAACCGUCCAAAAUCUGUCAAAUUCUCCCAAAACAAAGAUUCAAGACCUGGCGUCUCAAUACAAAAUCCAGCGCUCGGUCCCCAGAUUCAAAGAAGCCGUGCCAAGAGCACUCCUGCUCUUUUGACAAAUAGCAGUGCUGACUUGUCCAGUGCUUCUUCAGCCUUCCCUUCAGAUGCAACGCCUGUUGGCCGUUCGAGGAGCAUGUCCGAUUCUCUGUCUCGUCCAAAAGGCACCAAGCCCGAACGUAGAUACACUUUCUCAGCCGCGUCUAGUAACCGAUUCGCUGUUCUAGAAAAUGUCCCUGAAGAUGAUGUGGAGCCGUUGCUGUAAAUGAGAAGGGAGCAGAAAUGUGAUCAAAAAGAGUUGGCAUUACCGAUGUUUACAAAAUGCAAUGUAUCUCAGGAGUUGCUGCUCAUUCUGCAGAUUUGAAAAAUACUACACAAUCCUGUGAACCAAAUCAGACCAAUAUGGUGCCCACGGCAAGAUUUUAGUUGGCGCCUCUCGCAUCGCAGCCAGUUCCACCACCAGUCAUUGUGUUCAUACACUCACACAGAAACUGCAUAGCUUUAUGUCUCUCAGUUGAAGCUAUGCAUAUCACACUUAGAAGAAAAUGUGUUUUUCUCAAAAUAGAAUUUUGAAUGGUCUUUUUAACUUUCCUUUUGAGUUUAAGGUGGGAGUAACUGAUGUGCUAGUAGCACUCUGCUUCAACGGUAACCAUUAUGCAAUAGAUGAAUUAUUCAUUUAUCACAUUACCUCUGUCUUUUUGCAGUUUUUCCUCCUCUUUCUCUUCUUAUUUUUCCUCCCUGGGCCGCAGAAGGCUUUGGUCUCUUUGACACAACCGAGUAUAUUUGAGCCCGCUGAUGUUAAUCGUGUCACGGUCAGUGUCACUCGCUGGUGGGGGGGUGUUUAAGAGGCUGGUACGUAUUUAAAAGACUGUGUCAUACCUUGCAACGGGGUCAACCACACCUCCUCACUAAGUUAAAAGUUGAUGUCCCUUCCGUGCUCAGAUAAGUUUCCUGAAUCACUCUUAAGCGAGGACUCCUUGCUAGACAUUUUAGGCUUAGUUAGGAGCUCUGUUUGUGAUUAUGGGCCCGGGUCUUCAAACCUUAACAUUUUUUUUUUAGCUGUUACUUUAUGUAUAUUAAUUUAUGUGAAAAAC